GAAGACUGAAACAAGUUUAAAAUGUCGGCUUCCGUGCUCAAACUCGAGGAUUUUGUUAAGAUUGAAAAGAUUGGCGAGGGAACCUACGGGGUUGUCUUCAAGGGGAAGAACAAGAAAACUGGAGAAAUAGUUGCAAUGAAAAAGAUUCGUCUUGAGAGUGAAGAUGAAGGUGUUCCAUCAACAGCUAUUCGUGAGAUAUCUCUUCUCAAGGAAUUGGUUCAUCCGAAUAUAGUGAGGCUACAGGAUGUUCUGAUGCAGGAAGCCAAGCUCUACCUAAUCUUCGAGUUUCUCACUAUGGAUCUAAAAAAGUAUAUGGACUCCAAUAUACCGAAGGAUGGACUAAUGGACAGCAAAUUAGUUAAAAGCUACACCUAUCAGCUUCUACAGGGCCUUCUGUACUGUCAUCAGAGAAGAGUUUUGCACAGGGAUUUAAAACCACAGAAUCUGCUGAUUGACAAGAAUGGUUGCAUCAAGCUGGCAGAUUUUGGUCUGGCAAGAGCUUUCGGGGUUCCAGUUCGAGUUUAUACUCACGAGGUGGUGACAAUGUGGUACCGAGCUCCUGAGGUUCUACUGGGAUGUCCCAAGUACUCCUGUCCCAUUGACAUGUGGUCCAUGGGGACAAUAUUCGCGGAGAUGGUGAACCGUCGACCCUUGUUCCAAGGAGACAGUGAGAUUGAUCAGCUCUUCAGAAUAUUCCGUGUUCUGAGAACUCCCACUGAAGAAAUAUGGCCAGGCUGUACUAAACUUCCAGAUUACAAGGCAACCUUCCCCAACUGGUGUCAGUUCAACCUGAAGCAAAGCAUGAAGAAACUGGAUCCUGCAGGGAUGGAUCUACUAGAGCAGAUGUUGAUCUAUGAUCCCUCCAAGAGGAUCUCUGCUCGGAAAGCUCUCCUGCAUCCCUAUUUCGAUGAUCUUGAUAAGAACACUUUACCCGCCAAACCUGGAGAGUUUGAUAUCAAGGUUUAAGAAAUAUAUUGUGACAAGCUGAAGCUUCUCUUCCAGACCAACUAUCCAUCGUCAGACAUUUAAUUCUUCUACCAUCUCAAAUAUUCAACUUUUUGCCAUUUUUAUUAAUCAUGUUUUAUUUAGUUGUCCGAAUUCUAAUUUUUUAUUCUUUUCUAUCUUGUAAUAUUUGAGUGGAUAACAGUUUUGUAUUUAGAAAGAUACUUAAUUGUCUUUUUCUUAUUUUCAGA